UCAAAAAGCUGACAUGCAGAAGGCGCCAGCAUGACAGGAAAUGAAGUUAUAAAAUCGGCUAUCGGGCGGGUUCAUCAGGCAGUUGGACAUAACACAUCCACCACCAACCACAAACAAAUCUCACUCCAUCAGGAUGAUGCACAUGUGGAUUGUUUUGAUUUUUCUUGAUCAAGGAGAUUCACUGAUUUCAGUGACCACAGGCCAACUAGGUGAACCUGUAACCUUUACUUGUUGGCUUUCUAAUUCGGACUACAGUAACACUCGAGUAAAGUGGUACAAACAGAGUAAUGGAGAUACUCUAAGAUUGAUAACAACCCUGAUGAAGGCAACUACCCACCCAAUAUUUGAGCAAGGGUUUUCUUCCUCACGGUUUGCUGCAAACUAUACCACAUUCACGAGCACGUUAACUAUCCUCAAAACUUUUGAAGAAGAUGAAGCCCUGUAUCACUGUGCGGUAUCUACCUGGAAUACAGAUGAGUGGUCUGGGACUUAUUUGUCUUUGAAAGACGUAAAUACAAGAUCAUCAAACUACAGUGUUGUUCAGUGGCCAACAGUAUCUGCCCCACUUCAGCCUGGGGACUCUGUUACCCUCCAGUGUUCAGUCCUACCUCAUUCCCAGAAAGGAUCCUGUCCAAGUGAACGCAGGGUGUCCUGGUUUGGAGUCAGAAAAGACACUUUCCUUGGAAGCAUCAUCUACACAAAUGAAAAUGCACCUUACAAUUGUGACAAGAACCCUGACACAUCAUCAGAUUCAAAAAGUUGUGUUUAUCACUUCUCAAAGAACGUCAGCUCUGAUGACAGUGGGACUUACUACUGUGCGCUGGCCGUGUGUGGGGAGAUUAUAUUUGGAAAUGGAACCAAACUUGAAAUUGAAGUCAAAGAUGGCUACAGAUGGCCAAAUUAUGGCCUGCUUCUGAGUUGUUCUCUUGUGGCUGUAAGUGGGCUUGCCAUUGUUAUUACCAUCAUCAGGACAAAAGGGGAUUUCUGGAACGCUGAUAAUUGUCCACAAGGAAAGGUUGAAAAGCAGAAACUAAAGAGAGAAGAGGACACACUGAUUUACUCUACUGCCAUCUUUAGAAUAAUAAAAAAUACAAGUCAAGAAGGAAAAGAUGCAAAAGCAGUAAAGAAGGAGAAGAUCUAUGGUUCUCUAAAACCAUUCGGACUGUAAUAACAAGUCAAUGCUGAGCCUCUUUUUAGUCACCAUGAAGCACAUAGGUGGAGCAGGAGGCCCUAUACAGCCCUACUAUCUCUCGUGACCAUUAAUACCACUAACUUUCAGUGCUGUCUUUUGUUUUUUAAAAACCUUUUUCUGGCAGUAGUGGCCUUUAUUUCACAGCAAUCUGACAGGACAGGGGAAAGGAGGACGACCGCAUCAGUGUCUGCAGCCUCUGAAUACGGGGAGCCCAAUAUAGCAAUUGUGCCACAUGAAGUAUAGCUCUACGUAAUGAAAUUUUAAAUAUAAAAUAAAUUAAGUAAAACACAUCAAAACACUUAAAUACACAUUGUACUAGUCUGAUUAAAAUACUGAUCUGUUAAGGCGAGCAGAGUUAGCUUUUGAAAUCAAGGCAGUCUCAAACUGAAUAUUUUAAAAGAUCCAUUCUUAUAAAACUGAUAGAGGAGAAUGAGCCAAUUGUGAAAGUAGCAAGUAAAUGGAUCAGAUACUGAUAGCCCUGUUUCCUGACUUGUCUUCAUGUUUUUUUUUUUUUUGGUUGGUUGUUUUUCAGAUUUAGUAAAGUGAAACCAUAAAGAAGAAAGCUUCUGCUCCCUGUGUGUCAUUAAAGUGUUAAAAUAAAAUUUUAUCAAAGUU